UAAAACUCCACACGCCGCGACGAGAGAGAGAGAGAGAUCUCUCCUUAAUCGCUCGUCGCCUCUUCAUCAUCAUCAUCGAUCAUCAUCUCCUCUGUAUUCUCUUCCCAUCCUCACCGUUCAUUCGAUGUUGAAUUCUGAUCAUCAGAUCUAAGAUUUAGGAUGUUUAUGGAUCGAGAGAGAAGGCUCUCUGCUCGCAAUGGGACGAUGAGGACUCCUCCUGAAUACACCAACGGCAAAUUCCGCGACGAUAAUAACGGCUACGGCGGAGGAUUCUUAGAUCGAUCAGCGAAGAGUCCUUCUAGAUCGAACAUCCUCCGGAUCCCGUCGCCGACCUCCUCUCCUCCUCCUCCGCCGCCUUCCCGUUCAUCCCCGGAGCGUGGCUAUAUCGAGCACCGCGUGUCGAAGUUCGAUACUCUCGCCGGCAUUGCCAUCAAGUACGGCGUCGAGGUUGCAGAUGUGAAGAAGAUGAAUGGGCUUGUUACUGAUCUUCAAAUGUUUGCUCUCAAGUCUCUUCAGAUUCCUUUACCUGGAAGACAUCCUCCUUCUCCUUGUUUGUCUAAUGGCUCCUUAAACCAUGGAGAGGGAUGUUCAUGCCACGAACUGGAACCACCAAACCAUAGCAACGGCGACGUGUUUGACUCAUUCCAAUCUCUGAGAUUGAAAUCUUCUGAAAAGAAAGUUUCUCCAGCCAUGAACUCACUCCAAGGUUACUACGGGCUGAAACCAGCAAACAGAACAGUCUCUGUAGGAGGGUCCUUGGAGAUGGGAAACUACAAGUCAGAAAACAACGGUGAUAGUCAAUACCUCAGACCUUUCCCAUCCACAAACACUCCCUUAAACCACCACAGGAAAUCAAGAAGCUUAGUCAAUGCACUUCUAGAAGAAAUCAACCAGUCACCUGAUAACACUACCCAUCAAGAUUCAAGUUCUGAUAAGCUUAUAAGAGGACGUCGAAAAUCUGUAGCCGACUUUUCAUCCCGGACUCCAGAACUUCUGUUGAAAGAAGAGAACGGCAGCAGCAAUGGAGGGUUCCUAUCAAUAGCCGGGAAAGGCCUAGCCUUGAGAUCAAAAGCCUCAAGCAGAACUAGUCUAUCAUCAGCAGAAUCUGAGACUACUAGUAAUUUCAAUCCUGUACCAAUCAACUUGAUGGAUGCUCCAGUUUCAGACACCUUCAGCAGUGUAAGAAAGUCAUCAAGUGCUUCCAGUCUACAAGAUCCAGACGGUAGUAACGGUUCAUCAUCACUGUGUCUAUGGCCGACUUCUAAAUGGAGCUUGAAGCCUGAUUUGCUCACACCUGCGGCUAUUACAAGCUCAAUCUUUGAUGGAUUACCAAAGCCUUUAACAGGGAGGAGAAACAAGGCUGCUAUGGACUGAGAAAAAAACAAGGUCAGUUUCUCUGUUAUUUAACUGUCCCAUUCAUUUUUUGUGAAAACUAUACAAAUCAAAAGCAGAAGAAGCUGUUUUAGGCUUAAUGCGAGUAAAUAGAAGUAAAGAGAUUAGAGAAAAUCUGAAAGAAGGGAGAAAGCUUGUGGUAGUGAAUGUAAUGAUUGUUCUUUUUUUGUAAGUUAUACAAAUAUUUUGUACCGUUGGGUUUCAUCUUAGCGUAGUCAUUUUUUUUUUCUUCUUCUAAAGAUGAUGAACGUUGCCCACACAAUACUGAAUUGUAUUUUCAUGCA